AUGCACGACCAAACCCUCAGCCUAAAGGAAGACACCGAACUUACCUUCUCAACUUCUACAACGAGAAUCCACUGGCUCGUUUCGUUGACCCAGUGGGCUCUUACCAAACGAUUUGCAAAUUUCACUUUAAAGAAGAAUAGUGUUCAUAAAAUUUCAAAAACAGAGUGUAACCUUUCCUUCAAGAAGAUUACUAUUCAUCCAGUAGCGAGAAAUAACCCAACAAAAAUUACUGAUCGUUUAGUCUGGGGUACCUUCGCUAUUUUAGAAACUCCUUUCACCAGGGUAGUGUUGGAUACAAUAUUAGGUGCCGUUUUAGCAAAAUUUGUGGUAUUAAUGGAAGUGAGAAAACCUCAGGAAAAUUGGUCCAAGUCAAUCAAUAUUGCUUUUAGUAAUCGCAAAAGAAAGACUGCAGAUGGUACCAAAAAGCCCACCAGAAAAGGUACUGUCACUGGCCAUUAUCUAAACUUUCUUGAAAAAACCAUGGAUUAG